ACGACCUUUCUCGUAGUGCCAAUGCCAUGGAAUGUUACGAUGCCUGUUGACCCCAAGGAAUACUCUUAUUCAGCAUGUUCAGAGGUGUGAGGCGGCCUUCAUAAAAAGCACCCUCGUUGCUGGUUGGAGCCGUGGUCGACGUUUCGCGCAAAGUCGCGUUUUAUCCUCCACACCAGACCACAAUGAUGCUACAAAGAAGCGUGAAGUCAAUGGUGGAACUAGGCCGGGUCGUACGAAGGCCGUACAUGAUUUCGCAUUUCUAAUCUCUGAGCGGAAUGCACGUUCCGCGUCACCCAAGCUGCAAACUCCGCAUGACAUCAAAGCAUUUUAUCGUGCCAUACAGACGAAAGGUCUCUUGCGAGAGCUAUCUCCAGAAGAAUCAUCUUCAAUCAUUCAACUAUUUGCUUCACUAUCUUUGCUACCGGACCCGUCCGAUGAUUCACCUAUCCCUGAUGAUAACAUGUCCGGCAAUUUCGCUUUUCAUCCCCUGGCUCCUGUACUGUCUAAACACCAAAUUAGUGGUACAAGGCAGCAUUGGUCUUUCGUUUUAAUGGUCGCAAAGGACAAAUUGUCCUGUGGAUUAACCCUGGCCGAGUCUGAUAAUUACUGGCUCAUGCGCGCCGCAAUAGAAGAUGCUAAACGGAAGUUAGAUGAAGAUCCUAAAG